AUGAGCACCAGCGCCGGCCGUCCCGGCCCAAUCCGCCAAAAUCCACUCGGUUCAUCUCCUUCUUCCGCCAUUCCCGGCCACUCCAUUCGGCGUACGGCGGCUUUCACGACGCCGCAGAACUACGCCGGCAGCCUCUCCCGCCUCCUCACUCUCAAAGGCAUGGAUCCCCUGUGGUGCCCCACCCUCACCGUCCAGCCCACUCCCCACGCCAUCAAAUCCCACAUCCUUCCCCCAAAUCUCGAAUCCUUCUCCGCCGUCGCUUUCACUUCCCGCGCCGGAAUUUCAGCUCUCCUCGACGCUGCAACUGAAAUCGGCGAACCCUUGCUACCGUCGCAGGGCGAGACUUUUCUAAUCGCUGCCCUAGGUAAGGAUUCGGAGCUUCUCGACCAUGGAUUUAUUUCCCAAAUUUGCCCUAACGCGAGUAGAAUUCAAGUCGUGCUCCCUAAAAUAGCAACUCCGAGUGGUUUAGUGGAGGCUCUUGGAGUUGGAAACCGCCGGCGGGUUCUGUGUCCGGUUCCUCGCGUCGUGGGGCUGGAGGAGCCUCCGGUAGUUCCGAACUUCCUCCACGACCUGGAGGCGAACGGAUGGGUUCCGGUUCGGGUCGAUGCGUACGAGACCCGAUGGGCCGGACCCGGGUGCGCGAGGCAGCUCGUGGAGAGAGAUGAGAAAUUGGAUGCCAUUGUGUUCACAAGUACUGGGGAAGUGGAGGGCCUGCUGAAAAGCUUGAGGGAUUUAGGGUUCGAGUGGGAGACGAUGAGAAAGAGGUGGCCGGAAAUGGUGGUGGCCGCGCACGGGCCGGUGACGGCGGCCGGAGCCGAGAGGCUUGGCGUUAAGGUUGAUUUGGUGAGUUGUAGAUUCGAUAGCUUUAACGGUGUGGUUGAUGCUCUUCAUUCCAGAUGGCAGAGCUUAGAACAGAACCCUAACUGA